UAAUAAAUAUACAUAUUCAUUAUUUACAUUUGACUCUAUGGUCAAUUCUGUUACAUAGUUAUAAUUUAUUUAUUCAAUUAGUCUACAAAUCACACCUAAGAAUGUCCUUUUCUUAUUCAUUAAUUUGUCUCUUUGAAAAAAGAUAACCCACUGUCCACGAAACCAUGUAGAGAAUUGACUUGUUAUAUCCAUAAUAAAUACUUGCCAAUUAGCACAAAGCCUUCCACAAAAUAAAUUUUCAAAAAAAUAUAUUCGAAAAACUAAAAUGGGAGAAGUGAAGUUGAUUGGCGUUGAUGCAAGUUUCCCAUGUGCCAGAAUCAUAUGGGCUCUAAAACUGAAAGGCGUUGAAUACGAAUUCAUCGAAGAAGACUUGCUCAACAAGAGCUCUCUUCUCUUGAAGACAAACCCGGUUCAUAAGAAAGUCCCUGUCCUAAUACACGGCACGAACCCCAUAGCUGAAUCAUUGGUCAUUCUUGAAUACAUCGACGAGGUGUGGAAAACGUGCCCUUUGUUGCCGGUAGAUCCAUACGAACGAUCCGUAGCCCGUUUCUGGGCUAAGUUUGUUGAUGAAAAGUGUGUUCCAAGUGUAUGGGAAGCUGCGAGGUUAGAAGGAGACAAAAAGGAGGCGGCCAUUGUAUCUGCGAAACAAACGUUACAACUUGUGGAGAAGCAAAUUGAAGGAAAAAGGUUCUUUGGUGGAGAGCAGUUAGGAUAUUUGGAUAUAGUGAUGGGUUGGAUGUGCUUGUGGCUUGGAGCCAUGGAAGAAGCCGGUGGAAUGAAGCUUCUCGACUCCGAGGAAUUCCCUUCACUCUGCGAAUGGAUUCUCAACUUCACUAUGGUCCCCACCAUCCAUGAAAGCCUUCCACCAAAGCAAAAUGUGGUUAAAUACUUCCAAUUUGGACUCAACUACAUGCGUUCCUUAGCUGCACCCAACGCCCAAAACUAGUUAUUACGCAAGCGUUUCGUCAGUGUGUGAGUGUGUGUGCGUGUGCGUGCAUGUGCAUGUGCGUGUGCCUGUGCCUGUGUGUGUGGUGAAGUCAGGAUUUUAUGACAGCGGAAGCCAAUUAAUGCACCCAAAAAAUCGGUAAUGCUACAAUAUAUGAUAAAUAAUGAAUGUCUAUAUAAAAUACUAGGGAUUUGAGAAAGGUUGGGUCCCCGACCUUAUGCUGGCUUUCUCGUUGUGUGUGUGUGUGUGUGUGUGUGUGUGUAUGUUUUGAAGGAUUUGUAUAACUUCUUUUUUUUAGUGUAAUGUAAGAUAAUGUAAGAGAUAAAAACAAGUAUUUCUAAAUUGGGUGUUUAUGUGAAGUAAUAAGCGAUGUACGAAUUGAACUCUAAA